AGAGCGAGAGAGAGAGCGAGCGAACGAGCGAGCAAGCGAGCGACGGACGACAACGACGACGACGCGCGGCGACGCGCUGGUCGCAGCACAUAAGGCGGUGUACGACAGCACGACGGUGCGAAAGUCGACGUGACGUCGCGACGAGAGAACGACGACGGCCCGUGGCCGGCGGCCUGUGCUAGUGGUGUGCUGUUCGGAGAAGGUGACGACGACGAUCACGUCGUCGACGACGACGACAACGACGACGGCGAGGAGGAAAAGGAGAAAGCGAAGGGACGGGGGAGACGAGGGAGAAGGAGGAGAAGGAAGAAGACGGACGAUCGCGACGAUAACGCGAAGAGGAUGAUAACGGCUCGCGCGACUAUCGCUACGACGAUUAUUAUUCUCGCUGCUACUGUUAGUACUUCUGCUGCUACUACUACUACUACGACUACUACUACUACUACUACUAUUACUACUACUGCUACUACUACUACUACCGCUGCUGUUACGACGACGGAGGCGGCGGCGAUCGCUGCUGCUGCUGCUGCUGCUGCUGCUACCGCACGUUCGCUCGCGAGCGGAAGGAAACGAACGGCCGUAUGGCCGAACCAGUCGAUCCUGCUGCGUUACGCUGAGCGUGCCGUUGUUCAUGCGUGCCUGUGAUUCGCGCUUGUGCCCGUCUGAGCGAGGAGUCUAUAUAGUGUGUAACCCGGUGGUGUACAUAGCAGUCGGAUGAUAAUAGUGUGCCGUUCGUUGACAGCUCCCUACGCCGAGAGUCAGGAGGCCACGCCGAGGGUGAUCGCGAACAAGUGAUAGAGAGCAAGAGUGAGAAAGAUACAAAGAGAAUCUCGUGAAGCACGCAUUCGACACACACACACACACACACCACACGCACACACACACACACAUACAUAUAUACACGCGCGCGCACGAUCCACACGAUCUUCGGUGAACGUGGUGUGUUGUGGGCUUCUCGUUUGAUAAAGAAAAAACGCGACAGAGAGAAAGAAAGCAAGAGAGAGAGAGAGAGAGAAAGAGAGAGAGAGAGAGAAGUAGCCGUGUGUGAGAUCGCGUGAAUAUGGAGAUCGAAGCGAAGCAACGUAGCAGCCAGAAGAACCGACGACGGGAACGGGCGCAGCGUAUGCUGGCGCAGAGGGAGAGCCUGGCGACCGCGAAGCAGCAGCAACAGCAGCAGCAACAGCAACAACAGUCACAGCAGUCGCGGCAGCGUCCCCCGAACGACGAAGAGGACAGCCACAGCGGCGAGGACGAGGACCCCGCCGGCGGCGGCGGCGGCGGCGGCGGCGGCGGUGGCGGCGGCGGCGGCGGCGGCCUCGGCCUCGGUCUCGCCAAGACCGGUCAUCCGCGAGACGGCCACCACUCGAGACCGCCCAGGCCACCGCGACCCCCGAGGCCCCGCAAGAAGUCUUCCCUCGCGGCCGCCAACCAGAAGGAGCCUCUCUUCGAGGAGGAAAUUAUCGACGGGUUCGCCAUGCUCGCCUUCCGCACCUACGAGGAACUCGAGAGUGCAAUAAAGUUAGCUGGUAAAAAUAAGAAACUGCACACACUGCUAUCGAUAGUGGAAGAGAAGCCAAAGGUGGAUACCGGGCAGAACAAUAGGCACAACGAGCACCACAUCAAAAACAAUUUCAAGCACAACCAUUACACACAUAAUUCCAUACUGACACCCUCGACGCUAAACCAGGGCCUAGAUGCAGGUACAAGCGACGAUAGUGGCAGAGCGUCUGAACAAUUGCAUGGCCCUGGUAUACCUAGGGAUAGCCAGGACGCAGACAGUUCCAGGGACCAUCUCAGCGAUGCUAGCAGUCAUUGCAGUUCGGGUAAAGGUUAUAUCUGUGAUAGUGAAGGAGAAGACGAUAAGGGCUCGGAUGCCGAAUCGAUACUCUUUGAAUCUUCUACCCCACCACCUCUACGUAAAUACGAGUUGCCGUCUUCUUCGCCACACGUUUUGCCACCAAACGGGGCAGGCGGAUCUCCACCGGAUACGGGUGGGCAAAUUUCUAACCCAGCAACGGAUGCUCCGGCACCUAUACCACCUCCUGUGUCUGCGUCUGCACCAGUUCCAACAGCGCCGAGUCCUCCCAGCCCCACGUUGCCUCCACACAUAUCCCAACCACCUAUGACUAGUCCCUUGGCAGCGAACCCACGUGCAAUAGCUCCGCAGCAGCGGCCAGCUUCCCCCGCUCUGCCACCGCCCUCUUUGUCCCAGCAGCCGCACACUACGAUACCUGCGUUGCAUCCACCUAAUGUGCCCCUCGUCUCGUCGAGUCAUACAACUAGUCCAGCGGUAGCCAGUCUAGGAGUCACUCCGGCAGCACCAUCGAACGGAGCAGCUACCACGAGUUAUCCACCACCCAUCCCGAUAGCUGCGUAUCCGCAAACACAGCCGUCGUAUCCGCCGCUCUACACCCCCUACACCGCUCUGAAUCACAGCCCGUACCUCCCGCCCGCGGUACCAUCCCCCUCACACUCUGCAUCGUCACGCGCGGAUGUGAGAGGAAGUAGAGCUUCCCCCUGUACCAAUAUAAGCAAACAGACCAUAGCGAAUAAUCUCGCCAGCCACAACAAUACUCCAUUGAGCGCCGCCACCACAACAUGUGUGUCCACCAUAACUAACACAGUUACCACGGCGAAUUCCAUCGCUCAUCGAGACAUGGUGGCCUGCAGCCUGUCAGGACGGAACAACAACUCGCCGCGUGGGCAUAGUCCCAGUCGAGAGAGAGAUAGUUACAGCAGCAACGUGAGCAGCCUAAGCCGGGGCAGCAUAACGCCCGUUAGUGUGCCAAACACCUCCUCUCCAGCCAAUUCUAGUCUACCUGCAUAUACCAAGCCACAAGGUUGGAUCAGCAGCAACACAGCUUCCCAGUUAUCCCCGGCAACAGCCACGUCCGUUCCGAGGCCGACCCCGCCACCGGUGCCGCUGGGCAUACACUCGUUCCCGCCGCCGAUGUUCGCAGCACCGUUACCGCCACCCGUGUCCAGUGCAAGUCCGCAUACGACGACACUGCCUUCACUCCCACCACCGACGACCAAUCCCAAUCCGUUUUCCGCGGAAUCGCUUUUCCAGACAAAAGGGGUGACGCAUGUUACAGGCCAGGCGGAUAUUCUCAGGCGAGAACUCGACAACAGAUUCUUAGCGUCCCAGGACAGAAAUGUCGGAGUUGGUAAUUUGGGUCCACCGGCGUAUCUUCGCACCGAGAUGCAUCAUCACCAGCAUCAGCACACACACGUGCAUCAACACACAACGCCAUUGUUGCCAGCUGCUGCAGCGACAUCGCUCUUCCCUCCCCCAAUUUUUAAGGACAUUCCGAAGCUGGGAGGAGUCGAAUCGCAAUUUUUUCGUGCGAAUUUGAACCUCUCUGGUUAUUCGGGUUUCAACACUGGCCUUCUUCAUCCAGGAAUCCCACCGUCGACGCCUUUCGUGCAGCCCAAUCAUUUAACUACGUUUGCGCCAAAGAAAAGUGGAAAAUGGAAUGCGAUGCACGUGCGCAUUGCGUGGGAAAUAUAUCACCAUCAGCAGAAGCAACAGGCCGAAGCUAAAGCAGGAAGUGUCGUUAAUACCAAAACUGAGUUGUUAAGACCACCAGGCCAUCUUUAUCCAGGGGGACCAGGCGGUGGUCUUGGACUUGGUGCACCACCAAUGGCACCUCCAUUCCCCACUAACAUGCCACCCGCCCAUCCUGCACCACCUCCACCUCAUCCCGUUGGUUUUCUGUCUACACCAGCUUCACAUUUAGGUAAUAGAGGAACAGGAAUAUCUCCAUUCGCGAGGUAUUCCUCGGCGACAUUUGGCGCGCCGAAUCCAAACUUCCCGGGUCUUUCCACUUUCCCGCCGAGAGAAAUGCCUCUGGGUGGACUCAGUGCAGUACACGACCCAUGGCGAGGGUUACAACGGGCCACUACCGGAUUCCCUCCGCCGACCACUGUUUCAUGGGGUUUGAAGCCGGAACCUCCCGCGAUAGACAGGCGCGCUGAGCUGGAGGAGCGGGAGCGUGAACGCGAACGUGAGAGAGAACGUGAACGUGAACGCGAGCGCGAACGAGAGCGCGAGCGCAUCAGACGCGAACGCGAACGGGAGAGAGAAGAACAACGUGAGCGGGAGAGGAGGGAGCGUGAGAAGGAGGAGAAGAGAAAACAGCAAGAGGCCGCCGAGCGAGAGCGAGAGAGGCGAGACAAGGAGCGCCGUGAGAUGGAGAGACGCGAGAUGGAACGCGAGAGACUGCUUCACCAAAACCGACAGCUCGUGCCCCGAGAACGCUCGCCACUCAGGAACGGCUCGGCGCCUUUAGACACCGGAGAAGUGCGCGUGAAGGAGGAGCCGCGCAGCAAGGACGACGAAGUUGUAAUGCUGCCGAGGCCUCCAGGACCCGGGCCUGGCACGGCGGGAACCGCACCAGGACCUGGCCCGAAUCCACUGCCGGACCCGAGAUACCAUCACUCACACCCGCAUGCUUAUCUCACCAGGCAUCCGCACAGUAUGCCAACUUCGCAUUCCAUGCCACGUAGCAUGCUACCCGGCUUGAGCGCUCAUACGAUGCAGCACUUUCCACCGCCAUCCGCGCCCGCCGGUCAACCGGGACCACCCUGGCCGGGCGAUCCCUUCAGGGAUUAUCGAUACGAUCCGCUGCAGCAGUUGCGAUACAACCCAUUGAUGGCGGCGUUCCGCGCCGAGGAGGAAGAAAGAGCAAAGCUUUAUGCCGCUGGCUACCCUCCCGCGCCCGUCAACUCCCUCAGGAGUAAGGAUCCUAGUCCGGGUCCUCUCAGCAACUUGCACAUGCAUCACAGAGCGGGACCUGGCCCGGGAGUACCGCCGCGUCAACUGGAGAACGCCCUCAUGCACGCGGACAUCCACAAGAAAGAGGACGCGUCGCAGUCCCGAUGAUACAUCCUACCCGCGUCCUCGGUUUCGGCGAGCGAACGCACCGACGGACCGACAUUCUGAGCACCAUUCUCCUCGUCGCCACCUCCGCUACCUACAGGGGCCCCCUCCCCUCCCCCCUUUCGCCCAGUAACGCUCAGAACCCGGUGCUGAUAUUUUGCUAACAGAGAAGAAGCAUUAUUUAAAAGAAGAAAAAUUGUACAUAGAUACUAUAUAAUAUUUAUAGUUAUCUAGAAGAUAAAAAAAGGAACAAUACGCGUAGGACUUCUACGGAAACGAGAAGCGUGUAUAACGAAGAUGCCUUGCUUAAACGAUGCCGGUAUACCAUCGAUACCGGCGGUUUACUAACGACAACGGGUUCACGAAAUAACUACGGAGGCAUCGUUGAUGAUGUAUCACAAAUAAUAACGCUGACGGUUAUGUGAUUUUCUGCAGUUUCGGUGAUCUGACUGUCUAUAUAGUGGUAACGAACUCUAAUUAUUACGAUAAUAUAAUUAUGCGUAUAGUUAAAAAAAAAAAAAGAAAGGUAUCGUGUGUAAUAUUAAUAGUUACUGUAGAAUGCGAGGCGAGAUGGCCAAGACGCGUAAACGAUGAAAAAAAAACAAAUUCAGGUUAAGUGAAAAAGAGUUAAGUGGAUCUCUAACAUUAUUCGAAAAUUUAUUUAACUAUUUAUUUAUUGCGACGUAUAAAUGAACUUGAAUCUCUACUACGGGCGUAUGAAAGCUGUCGUAAAAGAGUCGCUCUAAUUUAAUUGAUGUAAUAUAAAAAGAAGGAUCACAUGUGUAAAAAAAAUUUCACUUAGAUUUUAAUUUGUAUAUUAGAUACUAUAGAAAAAGAAUUAAGAGAAGGAGAGAGGGCAUACGUGAAAAGUGUCUUUGGCUUUCGGCAGCACAUGCUUCUUUCAUUUGCAUGCUGGCUACAGCGGUACUCCGAUGCUUUCCUGUGAUAUAUAUAAAAAAAAAAAGAAAAAUGAGAAAUUGAUUCAGGAGUAGCGAAACCAAUUAAUUUCAUAUCGUGAAAUCACAAAGUUAAUAGGUGCAAAUAUAAAAAAAGAAUCAAACUAUCUCCGAAAAAUAAAAGUGACGACGAUCGGGAUAUCCUCUUUCGGAAAAGCAAGAACGCAGGAUGACGCUUAAUAUGACAGUAGUCCGUGCCAAAAUGCUCCAGUCAAAUUGUUACCCCGUACAAUGUACACAGACCGGCAUAACAACUUUAACAUUCACUGGGUCUAGAAUCACUGGAAUCCUUCAGUCGUAUGCAUUGUUUAUCAUAUAUUAUAUUCGCGCACCGUGACUAUCGAUUAUUCGAAGAAACUGAAACGAUAACCAAAUAGAAUGUUAUUUGUGAUGUAAAUUGCAUACCACGUGAUACGUGAGGUAUCGUUGUGAUUUCCUUGAAUAAUCAAUCCGUAAUACUUGUGUAAAUUUGUCUGUGUGCUUGUGCGUUAAUGACUCUGAAACUGUUUUCUCCCUUUUCUUUUUUAUUCGUCGUUAUCUUUACGAGAAAAUUAUACCAAUCUUGUUUUACUCCCCUCAUUUUUUUUCUAACUAUCCUCUUGAUUCUCAGCCAUAUGCGUCGUUGUGUUACCAGAGAGCCAAUAUGAGAUCUCUCAAAAAAAAAAAUUGUGUGCCAUGGACCAGGUUACAUUCGAUAUCCCUGGUGCCUCAAAGGAAAAACCGGACUUUUCAGGAUGAUUGGGUCCUCACGCUGUUUCGUUUAUACUGUAAAAUUAUGGUAAAACUGUAUAUUAUAUAAUUAACAACUAUACGCAAUUUAAAAAUUGUAGAUAUUUUUCAUCGAUGCAAAGUUGCAAUGUGAUGCAAUGAUUCUGUUCUUGUAGAUAUCGUGAAGUAUAAAAGAAGAUUUUGUGUGAAUAGGUUUUUUCUAAAAUUGAUUCUUUGUAAAAGGUGAUAUAAUAAUCAUAGUUUCUAUCAA